AUGGGUAUCUCACGAGACUCGCGCCACAAGCGCUCGGCAUCCGGUGCCAAGCGUGCCUACUACAGGAAGAAGCGCGCUUUCGAGGCCGGCCGCCAGCCCGCCAACACCCGCAUCGGCGCCAAGCGCAUCCACGUCGUCCGCACCCGCGGCGGCAACCACAAGUACCGGGCCCUGCGCCUGGACAGCGGCAACUUCGCCUGGGCCUCGGAAGGCAUCACCCGCAAGACGCGUGUCAUCGUCGUCGCCUACCACCCGUCCAACAACGAGCUGGUCCGCACAAACACCCUGACCAAGUCCGCCGUCAUCCAGAUCGACGCCGCCCCCUUCCGUCAGUGGUACGAGGCCCACUACGGCCAGUCGCUCGGCCGCAGACGCCAGCAGAAGCAGGGCAAGGAGGCCGCCGAGGAGGUCAAGAAGAGCAAGUCCGUCGAGAAGAAGCAGGCCGAGCGCUUCGCCGCCCAGGGCAAGGUCGAGGCCGCCCUGGAGAAGCAGUUCGAGGCCGGUCGCCUGUACGCCGUCGUCUCCAGCAGACCUGGCCAGUCCGGCCGUGUCGACGGUUACAUCCUGGAGGGUGAGGAGCUCGCUUUCUACCAGCGUAAGCUCCACAAAUAG